AUGCCCGGCGACAUAUCGUGGGCAUGCCUGGGCGUUCCGCUGCACGCUCUGCGUAGCGUGCGUGAAAGCAUGGAGCAGCUUGAGUCGAAUGACAAGCCGUCGUCUCAAUCGAGCGCCUUUUCAGAUGCUUUCGACUGUCAAUCCCUAGCUUUGGAAUCAUCAGACGACACAGCAGAUCGCAUCUUGGACCAGCUGAAUAACGGAGUCGCCAAAUUAGUGAACGGUUCCAUCGUCGCACUGCGCUCUGUGCUAGAGGACCUUCACAACCUGACAGCCCAUCUGUCAUUUCUGAGCGGCUUUUGCUGCCUUAGGUUCGGCGAUUGCCUGGAUUCGGUGUUCGAGUUCGUCUGCCGUUCGCGUGUCCCUCUAAACUACCAAUCGCGGCUGAAGUCGCUGUUGCUGGAGAGCACAAUGCAAUGGCAGCAACUCUCCGGGGACAAGGGCAUAUCGGUACUGCCCACCGAUCAGGUGUUUUCUCUGGUGAACCGUUUCGAGUACCUGCUCAAGGAGGACGCAUGGGCGCCCAUCAUCGAAUUAAAGCUGUUCGGUGGAAGCCCGUCUGCAUUGUCUAGCUUCCUAUCGGAUCGCGUGAUGGCGCAGUACUCGUCUAUUCUGCGCCACUUACUGUCGUUCCAGCUGCUCUUCGGCGAAGUAAAACAGCUAGUGCGCCUGACAUUGCGCAGCAGCGGCGUAGUGUGCGGCUUUUUCCUGACGCGUGCCACUACCCUCCUGCUGCAUGUGUGCUUCGCCCUGGACCAUUACUACCGGUGGCUAGUGGAUUCUGCAUGGUCCGAGCUGCUGCACCGCUUAUCUGUGUGCUCCAAUGUGUCGGAGAUGUCUGCUGUGCACGAGAGCUAUGUCGAGUUUCUGUCGGAGUGCCUGCUGGUGACCACCGAGGGCGCUGAGGAACCUCCCACCAGUAGGAUCAAUCCCCUGUUCAGCGACUCGCUGUUUCUGAUCCGCCGCUGCGCGUCCGAGUUCUUGCGCAUCUGCACGUCUGAACUGGAUGAUGCUAGCGAGGAACUAGGGCUGGUGUACAUGGUGUUGCAGUCGGAGGUCGACCGUCUGAAGUGCACGCUAAACGUGCUCUCCAGUCACGUGCUGCCAGACGUGCCCGAGUUCGGCGAAGCGGAGCACGAGAUGCUUGCGUCGGCGCUGCGCCAUCGCAUCAACCUGAAUUCUGCAUCCUGCCGCGCCGUUUCCGUGCUCCAGCGCCUUCUACGGUGA